UUAGUGUCUUAUUAAGUGGCGUGAAUGUGAAAAGGACCGGUGGGCAAAGAGGAGGGAGUAUGGUUCAAGUGCGAAUGAAAAUGUAAACGUGGAAGAAAAUUAGGGAAGUGCUUUGGUAAACCACAAGACUCUUACCUUAUUUUGUCUUCUACACUUUGCUCCUAUUUAUUGGCGGCCAUCUUUGAAACUUCUGCACCAGUCCAACUUCUCUGUCUUCCCUACUGACAACUAUAAGAGCCCUUUUCAAUUUUAGCACCUGGGGGUUCUCCAUUUUUUCUCCACCAGUUAAAACAUGUGUGCUUUUUUUCUCAGGAAUGGCUCUAAAGCCCACCAUUUAUGGAGAAGACCUUCCAUUGCACCUUUGAAUAUCAAGAACCGUAUUGUUCAUCAGCAACUUCAACAUUCUAAAGUUUAUUCAAGAUUACCUCAAUCUUUUUACAGGAAAACCAAGGAACUAGAGUUGUCAAGUCCAAGUUUCUUGGCUUUCUUUUCAGGGGUAUCUUCGUCUGCUUCAAAAGUUGGGUUCGUUGGUUGGUACUUAGAAAAACUCAACACUCGACCCAUUCUCACAAAAAGUAUCACUUGUGGCCUUAUUCUCACUGCAGCUGAUUUUUCCUCACAGACAAUUGCUGGGUCAUUGAUGGAGCAGUAUGAUCUCAGACGAACAUUGCGGAUGGCUGGUUUUGGAGCAUUAAUUGUUGGACCUUCACUUCAUUUCUGGUUCAAUUUUCUGUCAAGGCGCCUUCCAAAGCGUGAUGUUAUCUCAACAUUUAAAAAAAUAGUUUUGGGACAGACAGUUUAUGGCCCUGCAGUUAACUCUAUUUUCUUCUCCAUGAAUGCUGCAGCACAAGGUGAAAGUAGUUCAGAGAUUGUUGCCCGACUCAAGCGUGACUUGGUUCCCACAGUUGUCAAUGGUCUUAUGUACUGGCCAAUAUGUGAUUUCAUUACAUUCAAGUUUGCUCCUGUUCAUUUACAGCCGCUUGUGAGCAACACAUUUUCGUACGUAUGGAAUGUGUACCUGACCUACAUGGCAAGCCAAGAAAAAGUCUCUACGACGUGAUCCUUGUAUAAGCAGCUAUAUGAUGUCUUCUCUGCUAACAAUUCACGUAUUCUUCUUGCUAACAAUCUGGCUGGAGGCAUGACUUUUGAAUGAUUUUCUCCUCGAUGACAUGUUAGUGUGGUGGACCAGAAUUUCAGCAGAAGCACAGAGGCCAUUGAAUGUAUUAUUUAAGAGUUACUUGGACCAUCAUUGUUCUUUUUGUAUAUCCUAGUUCUAGUUAAAGAAAUAGCAUAUUACACUAUCAGCUUUUGCAAAAGAGGAUAUUGACUAUGAAGGGCAGGCAUAGAUCUAAUUUUGAAGAUUUUGCAAUUGUAUCCUUAUUCUCAACUUCAUUGCAAGUUGACGAUUUUGGAUUAGAAGGAACCUCUGUUACAAUUUAUUAAAUGUACCAAAUUGUUCUGAAUAUCAAAGAUGUAUUUGCAGUGUGCAAAA